CGGCCUCCAGGUCCAUGUCUUCGAUGGCUUGGCCGUUUGUGUCACUUCUGAACGAGAAAAGGCAUGCGGCGCUGCGGGGGCGCGGCGGCUGCGACGUUAGAGCCAAAUCUGGUUCAAUAUUUCCCUCUAAUACAACCAACUUAAACCCUAAUGUCCCUCAUAGCCCCACUCACCCGCCAAAAUUCAUCUACCUUGUCGCUUGUAUUCACGCUCCUCGCGCGCCACCUGUCCUCGGCCAACCCGUCCACCACCCCUUCCCCCACUCCUUCCAAACUCCAUGAUCGCUACUCAUUUGAACCUCCUGCAUCGCUUUUCCCCGCAUCCCAAAACCCCCCUGAUACAAUCGUCAAACCGAAGAAAAAACAAAAACCCCAAUACCGCCCCCCUUCAUCGCUUGAUCGAACUGGGCGAAAGCCAGUACAGUCUGAUUUGCCCUUUGAUUUCCGAUACAGCUACACGGAAAGCACCACAGUGAGGCCGAUUGGGCUUAGAGAACCCAAGUACUCGCCGUUUGGACCUGGCAGGCUUGAUCGGCUAUGGACAGGUGUUUGUGCUCCGGCGGUGGACCCAAUGUUGAAGAACUUGGAGGGAGAGGAGGAUCCGAACUUGAUGGAACAGAGGAUGAAAAAGAGAGAGUUAAUUCAAGGUAAGCCACUUAGUGCAGCUGAGAGGAAGGUACUGGUUUUGAAGUGUGAAAGGAGCAAAACUAAGAGGCAAAUCAACUUGGGGAGGGAUGGUUUAACUCACAAUAUGUUGAACGAUAUUCAUAAUCAUUGGAAGCAUGCAGAAGCAGUUAGGAUUAAAUGUAUGGGUGUACCUACUGUGGACAUGAAAAAUGUUUGCACCCAGCUGGAGGAUAAAACAUUCGGAAAGAUUAUUCAUAGGCAUGGGGGUACCCUUGUAUUAUAUAGAGGCAGGAAUUAUAAUCCCAAAAAGAGGCCUGUAAUACCUCUCAUGUUGUGGAGACCCCAUGAACCCGUCUAUCCAAGACUGAUCAAGACAACAAUUGAAGGCUUAAGUAUUGAGGAGACAAAGGAAAUGAGGAAGAAAGGAUUAGCUGUCCCUGCUUUAACAAAGCUUGCCAAAAAUGGUUAUUAUGGUAGUUUGAUACCCAUGGUGAGAGAUGCUUUUCUCUCAUGUGAGUUGGUUCGGAUAGACUGCCAAGGCCUUGAGAAGAGUGAUUACAAGAAAAUUGGCUGCAAACUUCGGGACCUGGUGCCUUGUAUUCUGGUGACAUUUGACAAAGAACAGAUUGUGGUUUGGAGGGGAGCCGAUUACAAACACCCUGAGGAUGGAUACUCAUUUUCGCAUCGAGAAUUGUUUAAUGAUUCUGACGAUAACUUAGUCUCUGGAGAGGAUGCGCAUGAUAAGUUUGAUGAUAGCAGCAGCUUAUGAGAUUAAUACUGAUGUUUGCAUUGGUGAUGAGGUUCCAUUUUCUUGAUGCAAAUAGCAGCCGUGAAUGAGAAGUUCCUUUAAGAUUGGAUUGGAGUAUUAUCGAAAAGAAAAAAGUCAGAGAGAGAGAGAGAGAGAGAGAGAGGAACUUCCAAGAAAGCUGCGUUGAUGCUUCUAUUUGCCCAAACUUGUAUUUCUGCUCCUGAUCGAUUUGGUCCUUCCUGCUAGUGGUUGACAUGCAAUCUGGAAGAUACUAUAAAGCAGUAAAUUAGCUACAGCUGACAUUCGGAUUAUUCUACAGAUGCUCUGGAAUAUGCUCUUCUUCUUGUGGUGGUGGUGUAUUAUUUUGACAAGUCUUGGUGUAUUAUUUUAUGAUAUGCAAAGUCGCAUGAUGUGGAGAGCUACACUUUCUACGGAAAGAGCUGAAAUUGUUAUCAAGUGUGUUUGUGGUCCUGCAGGAAUUUGGAUCCUAACUAAGAGGUUGAACGGUCUAGCUUACACCGUGAUUCUCAGCGACGAAAGAGUACGUAUUGUUAUCAAGAACAAAAGAAAGGGAGCUUAAAAUUCGAAGGGUAUAUUCCUUGAUGUGGUUCUGAGUGCUCGUCCUUACCAAACAUGUUGGCAUUCCACGCGCCUCAAAUCUCCAUGGACCAUUUGUGAUUUAUUACUCUAGUCAAUUCCUCCUGCUGGGCAUGCUGCUAUAGUAUUCAGAUUUAAAUUUGAACAAUUAUGGUUUUCUCUUUAUUUUUUA